CCCUCGCGGCCCCAGCUGGGGUAGGGGGCGGGGAGCCGGUAUCCCGGCCUGGCGGAGCGCCAAUCGGACAGAGAGGCGGUGCCCGGGGUUGCUGCAAACGGUUUUGGACACUUUCCACUCUUAGAUGUGGACAAUAUUGACAAAUGUGAGGACCUGCUGCCAGAUACAUUUGAAGAUCUCUAUAGGAGGGAUUCCACACUUCCAGCACCAUUUGUUUGAAGGAAUGUUUCUGAAACUGACUCUGAUUUUAAGCUAACAAUCAGACAGUAAUUUAAACAAUGGCUGGAGAGGAAUAUGCUUCAAUGAUGGAGGAGGGCAGUGUGGAGGAGAUGGACACAUCUGAUACACAGUGGAACUGGUACUAUUUGGGUGAAUGUGGAAAAUGGCACAUUUUUGAGAGGGACCCAAAUAUUUCAAGUUCUAUGAGCAGCGAAGAUAUUGAAAUGAUGUACAGGAUGAAUCCACAAGGUUGUGUUUCGUUUUCCACUGCAAAAUUCAACUACACAUUAGACUUCCAAGCAAUGACACAAACCAAUAAAGCAACAGGGAGACAACGACCAGUGAAACGUGCAGCCUUCACGGUCACUGCUUUCAGUUUCAUAUGUGGAAACGAAGAAAUUCCGGUACCCGUACAUUGGGACAGUAUAGAGCGAGACAAACCUUAUCAGCUCAGCCCAUUGCACAAAUCUUCAAAUGAAUAUGUGGAAGUCGCAAAACUCUUUGGCCACUCAAUUGACCAAAAUCGAAUCAAGAAAAUUCAAAGAAUUCAGAAUCUAGACUUAUGGGAAUUCUAUUGCAGAAAAAAAAUUCACUUGAAAAAGAUGAGAAAUGGGAUCGAGCUGAAUGAGAGAAUGCUCUUUCAUGGUACAGGCAAUGAAUUUGUCGAAGCAAUAUGUUUACAGAAUUUUGACUGGAGAUUAAAUGGAUUGCAUGCUACAGUCUAUGGAAAAGGGACUUAUUUUGCCCGUGAUGCCUCAUACUCCAGCCGUUAUUGCCGUACCACUGAAAUGACUGAGCCAUUCUUGCAAAUACCAUCCUCAUCUGCACCACACCGCUGGCGAUCGAAUUUUAAGACGAUGUUCCUCGCCCGAGUUCUUGUGGGUGACUAUACCACUGGAGAUCCCAAAUAUACUCGGCCUCCUUCAAGAGAUGGAAGUCUGGUGAACUUGUACGACAGCUGUGUCGAUAACAUGGAGAAUCCAAAGAUUUUUGUUAUAUUUGACUCUAACCAUAUUUAUCCAGAAUACCUAAUUGAAUUUACGUAAUUGCAAAUUAAGCAAUUCUUGCUCAGAGACAGGAAAAUAAAUAAAAUGAAAUCAAUUGAA